AUGCUUCCUUCCUUCCGCAUCCUGGCCUUUUAUUUACUGCCAAGGGGAACAGGGCAGGACCCUGAACUGGUGGCUGAUUCCAUUUGGAUUGAUGUGAAUGACAAAUGCAAGGAGAAGCUGAAGGUUGGCAUGAAGAAUGAAGGAUACCUCCAGCCUGUACAGCCCAGCAGCCAGGUGGAAUUGAAGGUGACAGGUGAUGCAGAGGCCACAGUAGGGCUGGUGGCCGUGGACAAGGCUGUCUAUAUCUUGAACAGCAAACACAAGCUCACACAGAAGAAGGUCUGGGAUACGGUGGAGGAACAUGACAUUGGCUGCACAGCAGGCAGUGGGAAAGACAGACUUGCUGUGUUCAAGGAUGCUGGAUUGGACAUGAAGAUGAGCACAGGGAUGGACACUUUGGCAAGCUCAGACUGGCACUGCCCCCAGAGCCCAUCUCCCAGCCGUCACCGCCGCUCCCUGAAGAGGCUGGAGACCAAGAGGAAUACAGUGAACAAGUUCGAGACAGAGCUGGAGCGAAAGUGCUGUGAGGCUGGGCUCCGGGAGAGCCCAGUGGGGCUAUCGUGUGAGGAGAGGACCCAUCAUGUCCGCUAUGGACCAGUCUGCAUCGCCGCUUUCCUGAGCUGCUGCCAUCUGUCUGAGGCCCUGACUCAGGAGGCCCGAGAGGAGCAGCUGCUUCUGGGGACAACGGAUGAAGAUGAGGACUUUGAUGACAUCUUCCAGGAGGACCAGCCUGUCCGGAGCUUGUUCCCUGAAAGUUGGUUCUGGAAGACGAUUACUCUGCCCAAAAGUGAAUCGGGCAUCUCGCACUACAGCACCCUUGUGACCGUGCCAGAUUCCAUCACCACAUGGCAGUUUGUGGCCGUCAGUCUCAAGGCUGGACAAGGUCUUUGCGUCUCUGACCCCUUUGAGCUGACAGUUAUGAAAUCAUUCUUUGUGGAUCUUAAGUUGCCCUUCUCCGUGAUCAGGAAUGAGCAGGUCCAGAUCCAAGCUGUGUUGUACAAUUUCAUGGUCAACCCGGUCAAGGUCCGAGUGGAGUUCCCCCACAAGGAGCCACUGUGCAGUGCGGCAAAGCCAGGAGCCCCUUCCCGCCAGGUGGUUGUCGUGCCCUCCACCUCCUCCAAGACGGUGCCCUUCGUGCUUCUCCCACUUGAAACAGGCAAAGUGGAUGUGGAGGUCAAGGUCAUGGGCUUUGGGGUCCAGGACCACGUGAGGAAGACACUCCUGGUCCAGGCAGGGGGUCAGAUACAGCAGAUAUCUCAUAGCAUCCUCCUGAACCCCCAAGGUCACACCCAGAUGGAGCUGGUGCCAAAACAGGACUUUUUGAACAAGAUGCCCAACACAGAGGCAGAAGUGUUUGUCAGCAUUCAAGGUGACAUCCUUGGAGAGACCAUCCUGGGCAGCCUGACACCCAAAGAAACAAGGCGGCUGCUGAGGGUCCCCACUGGCUGCCCCGAACAGACGCUGAGCUCCCUGGCACCUGUGAUCAUCCUGGCCCGCUAUUUGGAUAGCACGGGCCAGUGGAACAAGGUUGGGGUGGAGCUCAGGGAGCAAGUGAUGAAGAACAUUGUCAGCGGGUACAGCCGGAUGCUGACCCACCGGAGCGCAGAUAGCACCUACCACACCAGCAAGGGAAACCCAGGAAGCACCUGGCUCACGAGUUACGUAUUCCGGGUCUUCGCCCUGGCCUACCCUACCAUGACAAUCGGGGCGCUCAACCCUGAGUCUCUCUGCACCAUUGCCAACUGGAUCAUCACCCAGAGGCAGGCGAAGGACGGGAGCUUCUUGGAGGAAAGCCCUGUGGUCAUGGCGUCCAUGAAGGGUGGCUACCAAGGCUCGGAGGCAGAUGUAUCCCUCACAGCUCUUGUCCUGAUCGCUCUGAAUGAGGGGAAGGAGUUGUGCAACCAGAAGAUACCGAAUUUGGCUGCCAGCAUGAAGCAAGCCAGUGACUUCCUGGAGAAAAAACUCCCCCACAUUCAGACAACCUUUGCCAUAGCCAUAGUCUCCUAUGCUCUGGCCCUCACCAGGAGCCCCCGAGCCAAUGACCGCCUGGACAGCUUUGCCAGCCAGGACAAAACCCAUUGGCCAGUGGGCGACCUGGACACGGACUCCCUAUACACCAUUGAGGCCACGGCCUAUGCACUGAUGGAGAAGCUGGAGCUGGGUCGGCGCAAUGAGACGCAUGCCAUCGCCAAGUGGCUACUGGAGAAACGGGAGCUGGGAGGAGGCUUUCAGUCCACCCAGACCACGGUCGUGGCCAUAGAGGCCCUCACCCGCUUCCGCGAAGCUGUCCCCUUCGACGGUGUCCAGGAUCUCCGCGUCCAGAUCAGAGCCCCCAAGAGAGCCUUGAAUAUGGAAUGGCUCAUCGAUGAGAACAAUGCCUACCAGCUGCGGUCAGCAAAGUUCUCUGCCCAGGAUGACCUAGAGAUCAAAGCCAGCGGCAGUGGAAGAGGCACCAUCUCGAUCCUGACCAUGUACCACAGGUCUCCAGAGUCCUGGGAGGACACCUGCAACCUGUACCACCUGAAUGUGACUCUUCACACAGCCCCGAAAGAUAAUAAAAAGGGGGAAGCAACCUUUCAGCUCCGGAUGGAAACAAGGUACCAGGGUCAUCGAGAGGCCACAAUGACCAUCAUGGAGGUCUCCCUGCUCACCGGCUUCUACCCCAACCAGGAUGACCUCAAACAGCUCACGAGCGACGUGGAGAGGUACGCCUUCCAGUAUGAGACCAAGACGACCUCCAGCGACAGCACUGUUGUCCUCUACCUGGAGAAGCUCUCCCACAAGGCAGACACGGUGCUGGGCUUCCGCGUCCACAGGAUGCUGCAGGCGGAGUUCCUGCAGGCUGCCCAGGUCAUGGUCUACGACUACUACGAGCCUUCUCGGAGGUGCAGCUCCUUCUACAACCUGCCCACAGAGCGCGCUUCCUUGAGGAAGAUCUGCCACAGAGACGUGUGCAGAUGCGCCGAGGAACAGUGCCCAUCCCCAAAGAAAGACAGCAACCACCUGCAGCAGGAGGAGCUCCAGGCAGCAGCCUGUGAGGUUGGCGUGGACUUUGUGUACAAGGCCAGGCUGGAGUCUGUGGAGACCUCCGCCUCCAGCCCCUACAUCUACUACAACAUGCAGCUCCAAGCCAUCAUCAAGAGUGGCACGGACUCUGCCAAGCCCCUCACCGUGAAGAAAUUCGUCACUCACGCCACCUGCCAUGACUCCCUGGGGCUGCAAGAACACGAGACAUACCUCAUCAUGGGCCAGACAUCAGACCUGUGGAGAGUCAAAUCUGAAUACACCCAUGUCCUGGGCAAGGAGACGUUCCUCAUGCACUGGCCAGUGGAUGGGGCAGUGGGCAAGAAGGAAUUGCUGGACCAGCUGGAGGGGUUUUCAGAAUAUAUGCGCACCCAUGGCUGCGAGUCCUGA